ACCGGCAACCACAGUUUGACAGUCUCUGGAAUUAGUGACCUCUAUCUGACAUUGAAUGGCAAAAGCAGAUUCCCCCCAAGAUUUGCUCGAUUUGUGUGCCCGUGCCGGUUGUCCCUGUACCGCCCCCGAAAUGGCUUUAAACAAACUAUCAAUUGAUGCUUUACAACUCGCCAACAAACGCGUCCUUAUGAGGGUUGACUUCAACGUCCCCUUAAAGGACGGCAAGAUCACCAACAACCAGCGCAUCGUCGCCGCCCUCGACACCAUCAAAUACGCCCUUGACAAGAACGCCAAAAGCGUCGUCCUCAUGUCGCACUUGGGCCGCCCUGACGGCAGCCCCAACCCCAAAUACACCCUCAAGCCGGUGGCCGCCGAGCUCAAAACCCUCCUCAACAGACUCGUCACAGCUAACUCAUGUGGCGAUUCUCCCAAAUUCCCCAAAAGAGACGUCACGUUCCUCACCGACUGCGUCGGCCCCGACGUCGAGAAGGCGUGCGCUGACCCCGCCCCCGGCUCACUCAUCCUAUUGGAAAACUUGCGUUUCCACGUCGAGGAGGAGGGCAAAGGGGUGGACGCCUCUGGCAAGAAAAUCAAAGCUGACCCCGCCCAAGUCACCGCCUUCCGGCAAAGUCUGCGCAAAUUGGGCGACGUUUACGUCAAUGACGCCUUCGGGACCGCCCACCGCGCCCACUCCUCCAUGAUGGGGGAGGGGUUUGAGCAGCGCGCCGCCGGCUUCCUCCUCAAAAAGGAGUUACAAUAUUUCGCAAAGGCGUUGGACAAGCCCGAAAAACCGUUCCUUGCGAUUUUGGGCGGGGCUAAAGUUGCCGAUAAAAUCAAACUCAUCGAAAAUCUACUGGAUAAGGUCCAGGAAAUGAUCAUAGGGGGCGGGAUGAGUUACACCUUCCUUAAAGUAACGAAAGACAUGAAGAUUGGGGGUUCGUUGUACGACGACGAGGGGGCGAAGAUCGUCAAUAAUUUGCUCGCGAAAGCGAAGCAAAACAACGUGCAAAUUCACUUACCUUGCGAUUUCGUCACGGCGGACAAAUUCGACGAGAAGGCGCAAGUGGGGGCUGCCACUCUCGAGGCGGGGAUCCCCGACGGCUGGAUGGGGCUGGACAUCGGGCCGAAGUCGAUCGAAGCGUUCAAAGCCCCCAUUCAGAGGGCCAAAGUGAUAGUGUGGAACGGGCCAGCCGGUGUUUUCGAGUUUGAAAAUUUUGCAAAAGGGACCAAAGCCAUAAUGGAUGAAGUCGUGGCGGCGACUCAAAGGGGCUGUGUCACGAUUAUUGGUGGCGGUGACACGGCCACUUGUGCCGCAAAAUGGAAGACUGAGGAUAAGGUUUCGCACGUUUCGACGGGCGGGGGCGCCAGUUUGGAGCUACUGGAGGGCAAGGUCCUACCAGGGGUGGCCGCCCUCUCCGACGCUUGAUUUUCCCGAACUUUGUUGUAAAUUAUUGUAAUAAACUAGUGAUUUUGA